UUUCGUGUGUAACGUGCGUAACGUAUAUUUUUAUUUUAAUAAUUCACUUAUUUUACAUCAAACAAUUAAGUUACUUUCGUACAAUUUAAACAACUUUAGAAUAUUUAACAGAUUUUUGUUGAAAUUUCGAAAAAUUCUACGUAAACACCAUGUGUUGAAUGAUUGAACGGAUCGUGCAUCGUUUUUGAGGAAUAUAACAAUGGUGGGUUGUUCUUUGAAUCAUAAAAGGUCAUAGCUAAAGUUGAAUUGAAAUUUUACUCGAAAUUUAUUUAGUACUCUCAAGAGUUGAAAUUUGUUAUUCGAUAUUUUUUUAAAACUUGCUCGAUUUAUUCUUGAAAAAAGUUGGAAGAAAAAUGGUAAAUGUCUAAAAUAAAUUUUCCGGUUUCGUGAGUGUUAAAAAGUACUAUUAAAAUUGCGAUUUUUAAAUAAGUUUAUUAAAUAUUUUUAUCGAUUUCCAAAAGCGAUAUCGCGAGUGUUAAGAAAUUUUUUACAACGUGUGUGUUUGUGAGUGCAAUAAAUCAACGAUGGAGAACAAAUUCGGGAUGGAAAAUAGGACAAUCGAGGAUUUCAAGAUUAUUCAACAUGCACACAAAUUAGUGAUCAAGGAAUUUCAAAUGAGCGAAGAGAGUGAGGAGAGAGGUUGUCGUCAUAACGAGAUACCAAUGACGGAUUGGACAUGAGUUGGUCGCCCAGAUGGUCGCCAUUGCGGGUUCUGAUUUUCAUUCUUCUCGUCUACAGCAAAACGAGGCCAAUAGUGGCAAUGGAAGAAACAAGUCUUCCUCAAUUAAUAGUACCUGCUUCUCACACGGCACUGUCUCGCGACUUGACAGUUAUGAUAUUGGAUUUACCAUCAGUUAGUCCUCUAGAAAUUCCGGACAUAUUGAAAUCAACAACGACAACAACAACGUCAACAUCAACAACAAAUAUUCCCGUAGAUGAAGACAGUGAAGAUUACGAUUUCGAUAAAACUGAAGACGACAUUCAAACACCUUACGUUCUCAGAGUUUUGAGACUGGAUGAAUUUACAUCGGAGUUGGUUGGUCAAGUUCCUGUUGAAACUCAUCCUCCGACAGGUGGCAAUCUUUCCCUCACAAUACCCUGUGGUUUCUUCUCUCGUGGAGGUACCUAUUCUAUUCGUCUUCAAUCAAAGUCCGAACCCCCACCACCGAAAUUCGCCAAUAUUGCAAAUCUCCACCAAGUUCAGAUGAGAUCAACUUUGGAUGUAAGAUGGCCGAUUCCAUCUCUAUCUAUAGAACCACAACAUUUGGAAACUUAUCCUAUUCAACCAGUUCUAGCAACUUUGGAAUAUACAGGAGUUUCCUGUCAACCUUCCCCGGGGGUUCCAAUUACAACUUAUUCAUUGCAACUAAUUUUUUGUGGCGUCAGUGUUCUGUCCUGCGAUCCUAGAAAUAAAACACUUGUACAGAUGCUUUAUACGGAGGAGGUAAAAGGAUUUCCUACACAGAAGGUCGUAAAGCUACGAUGUGAAUUUUUUGGUUUGGCCGGACAUUACGCUCUGAGGCUGAAACCCUCGGAAGCUAAUCCUAAUGCUCCAACUACCAGUGCCUAUAUUAAGGUGGAGUGGUCAGAACAAUUUGUGUUCAACGUUCACGCUCGAUCGGUUUAUCCAUGCGAUUCGGGUUCAGGUGGUGUCUCAGUUCUUUUCGAAUAUCCGUCUUGCAGAUUACCUGAGGAUCGCGUGAGAGUGUACGGCCGCCUGAGGGCAGACGUCGCGUCGCUUGCACCACCUUCAUCCCUUCAUUAUGUUGCAGAAUUGAAAGCGCCUCCAGGAAAACAUACACUGACCUUCGACUGUGACAUUUUCACCGAGAGAUUCGUCGAGUAUUGCUUCGUCUAUGUUAGUCAGGCAAUUACUGGUGCCAUGGCCGAGGUUAGAGUCGGUUGCAUUCCCACAUUUCCACUCGAAGAAGGAGAUGCUGGUGGUUGGAGUCCUUGGAGUCAAUGGUCUCGUUGUAGCAGUUCUUGCGUUGGCGGAACAAGAACUCGUUACAGGCUUUGUGACAGUCCACCCCCAAGAUAUGGAGCACAAUUUUGUCAGGGCGACGCUGUUGACUCGGAGGCUUGCGGUGGUACUGCACAGUUGGAUCUUCAUGGAUCUUUAAGCCAAGGCGAUUGGGAAUGUCGUCAUGGUCGAGGUUUAGCGGCCGACAGACCGGAAGUGACUGCCGAAGUCGGUACCAAAUGUAGAUGUGGAUGUGUUCUGAAUAUGAAUGCCAAGAAGAUGAGAACGAUUCUAGCGGCUAGCACUCAAGCAUGUCCUGGGCGUUCCUUUUGGCUGAUUCAGACUACUGAAGAGAAUGUAAUCAGACUGAAUCUGGAUCAAGCAAAGUUUCCAUGUCCAGGGCAAUAUGUACGUGUUCGUGACGGGGAUUCCCUUAGCGCUGAACUUCUCGUUGAUGUUGCUUUUGACAGAAAAGAACCGCCAAGUGCGGCGAUCGUUUCUUCCAAGGAAACUUUACUUCUCGAGUUUUUUAGCGAUCCAACUCUAGCCGAUGGUGAAUCUUGCAUUGGCGGUUUUCUCGCUCACUUAUUGAUGAUUGGGAAACCACAGGGAGAAAAUGAAACCACAUUGCCAACAACUGUAUUUCUGAAACCGACAAUCAUUGCUGCUGCCGGCAGAUGGGCUCAAUGGCUGACUCCAGCUCAUCUCGUUGCAGCAUCACUUUUGCUUUUAACAUUUUUGGCUUCUGUUUUUUUGGCGCUACAAUACGCCCUCAAAUAUCGAAAAUAUCACGUUGCUGAGGAUUUGGACAGUCUUGCUGAUAAUUCUUCUUGCAGCGAUGCUGUACCGGAUUCGAGGAGAGUGAGAACAAUGUCUUCAUCAACUCUAAUUUCUGAAGUAGUUUCACUUGUUCGAUUACCUAUUAGAGGCACGUCGAAGCAUACUAGAUUAGAAGAAACGCCUGCUGAUGUUGAAGAUGGUUACGAAAGUACCGAAACACCAGCUGACGCUGAAGAAGAGCAAAGUACAGAAUCGGGUACAAGAAGAAAAAAGGACGAUGAAAAUGGAUCGGAAAAAACGCUGGUACCAAGCGCAGGAAGUACACCGUUACGAAGACCAUCGACUUCGAAUUCAUCGGCUUCUGGACAACCAGAGGUCAAGUACGCCCGUCCAGUUAAGCUUCGUACGGUGGGUCCCAUAAGUCCCGUUUCGGAAGAGGCACUCACGUCCGAAGACAGCCGACGAUACAGUUCAACCAGUGCUUCAACCAGUUUGAAUAAUGUAAGACCCUCUCACCCCAAACCAACUAACCUACUUCUUCGGACUAAGAGUUUUUCACCGGCCAGUAGCAGUUGUUCAAAUGCCUCGACACUGCGUUGUGGAAAAGAUUCCAAGGAACGUCGAAAUCGUGAGCGUCUUCUACAGGGUCCCGGUUCUGAAUUUAGUCUUUCGAAUCCAGAAGGUGAUUUAGAAAUGGAUUAUUAUGACUAUAAUGUCGUAAAUGCUGCGGCAGCUCCCGGUUCCUAUCUUGGAAUGGAUCCAGCAUUUUUAGUCUGGAUUCCACCAUUGGGCUCUGAUGAGUCAGAUAUUUUGGACACUAUUGAUGAAAAUAAUCGUCCGGAGGAAUGUGACGAUUCUAAGGGACUUGACACGGAGGGAGCGUCUUUGACAGCCGAUGAAUAUGAAAAAAUUAAAACUGCCAAUCAAGAAUUAGAAGACGAUACGGGAGACGAGAUUCUUCCGAGGAGAUUAGAUCCUGGAGAGUCUCGACUUCAUGAUGAAAUAAUUACUGAAUAUAGAGCAAGACUGAGGGAAGGUAUGCUUCCAAUUCAUAGGAUUUUGGAGGAGUCGAGAGUUCGAGUUAGUGAAGAAUCUCUCGCAAGGCAAGUUCCUGAUGAAUGUGGAGAAGUGUCGGCAGAGAUUAUUCCUAAUAAAUUUCAUUCGGAUCUUGAUUCACGAGGGGAUGUUUCUUCAACCAGAUCGUUGGGAAGAGGACAGAAAAAAAAUAAUCUUGACACUCCAAAGGCACGGAGAGCAAAGGAUAGAAAAAACGUCGAUCUGGAUCGAGAUAAAUGUGAGGAGAAGGAUUAUGAAAAUGAAACAUGUAAACCAAAGACUCUGAAUAUUUCGAUGGAUUAUGUCGAUAUCGUGAAAUUGAACGUUGUCAGUGAAAAGGACAAGGUGGCGGCAUUGGGCGAUAUACCAAUGACUGAAUUUUCAAGAAAUCGUCAGGAUUCGCCAGUAAAAGUUCAUCGAACAAAGGACAAAGGGGAAUUCCCCAGUGAGAAAGAAAUUCCAAGUCCUGAUUAUGGUGUUGAGACUGAUGUAAAAAAAAAUUCGCGAGACUCAUUUUACGAUCUCAUCGGUGAAGGUGAGGAUAGUAUUAAAUUUGCUGACGACGAUGACGAAUAUCUCGAUAACAAAGCGACAGUUUGAAAAUAUCAAUUCCCCCCCCCCCGCAAAGAAAAAAAUAUUCGAACAAAAAAUUGUACUACAAAAAAUUAUUCACAAAAAUUCAAAAAAUGAUUUACAAAAAGUUAAAAAAUGAUACGCAAAAAGUCGAAAAAUUAAACGUUAAAAAUUAGAUACAAAAAAUGAAGAUUAAAUAAUUUUCUUCAAAAUUAGAAUUUAGACACGAUUAGAAAUAUAAUUUCGAAAAGAAAAAAUUCUCCAAUCUCCGAAAGAUUAAAACUAUAAAUGUGAAAAAUGUAUGGUGAACGAAUAGCAAUUUUUAUUCUUUCAAAAUUUAUUUCGAUUUGUUUAAAAAUAUCCCUUUCAUUAUUUUUAAAAUGAAUACGUAUUUUAAAGACAAGGGAAAAGAAAUGAAGACUUCACACCAUACAUUAUAGAUGUUGAUUGUUUAGACAAAUCUUAAUAUUUUUUUAUUCACAUUUAGAAGUAGAUGGAACUGUUGAUAAUCAGUAAUUGAUAAUUAAAUAUGGAACAGUAAUUUAUUCAGAAAAAAGAAUAAUGAAUUCGGUGCAAUGUAAAAUUUUGUAAAAUAAUUAAAUUCUGAAAAUGUAAUAUUUAAACUAAUCGUCUAGAAUAAUCUUCUAGUUAAAAAAGAUGAAAUCAAAGUUUAUCGAAAGAAAAAGGGAAAAACGAUAAUUUAUUAAACUUCGAUUUUUUUCUAAUAUAUAUUGCAAAUAUGAUUCAAGACUGCUUCGCUAAUUUAUGCGCUUGUUACAAUUUUAAACGCGAACAUUAAGUACAAUUAAAAACGCCAAUUUUUUAUAAUUAUACAGUAACUUUAUUUGUGCCAAUUAUUUUUUUUAGAUUUUUAUUUCUAUUAUCUAUUUAUGUUUAUAUUGUACAGAAUAUUUAAUAAUUUUCCUCAGGCAUUAAAUAGAUACAUAUUUAUUAUUAUUUAAAUGUGAUCCAAAAAAUUAUAUUGUAAGAUAGAUUUUCAAAUUUGUAGAAAAUUUCCUAUAUUUAUGUCAAAUGGAAAAUUGACUGAUUCAGUCUGAGACAGGGUUUUUUUGUUGUUUUCAAAUUUUAGGAUGUUUUAGAUUUUUAUUUUACAAUUUUAGGAAAAUAAUUUAUUAGCUAUUUCGCUAAAGAGCUGUAAAAUAAAAUUUUUUAGCCAAAACUUUAUAAUUUUAGCUAAAUAGAUAAAUUAUUUAAUUAUGUGUAAUUGUGUAGGUACCAAAAAAAAGUGAUGGUGUGUGUAAAAUUUUUGUACAGUAAUUUAAAGAGUAACUUAAAGGAAAACUGAAAUUAGAUAAAAGUAGAAUAUUUGAUUUUGUAAUGAAACGAAUUUUUUACUCUUAUACGAUAUAUUUAAAAGUAUAAUUAAAUUAUUAAUGUACCAUUUGUGCUCCAUUUAAUUAGCUCAAUACGAUUAAUUUAAAAUGUUCUCCGAGAGAAAUAAUUAUGUGAGUAGAGUAAAUUAGAAAUCUUUCCAAAUUAAAAUUGUGUUCAGGUUAUUUGUAAUUUAAAAGAUGGUGAAGCUCAAAAAUUAGGAUUUUAGAGAGAAAUGUUAAUUAUUAAUUUUGGGACAAAAGAACAAAAAUGUUUGAUGUAUGAAGGAAAAUUGUAGAUUAUCAUACGAGGAAAAAUAUUUAUCACACGAUCAAUUGGUUUGAUCAAUUAAAUUUUAGCCUGGAAAGAAAAAAUAAUUGUAAAGAAUAUUUAAAUGUCAGGAGAGAGGGAUAUUUAAAGAAUAUUUGAAUGUGGAAUUUUUCUUUAUUUAGAUGUCACGAAAAAAAGUUUUUUAAUGUCUUAUUGUCAUGCACGCGAGCACUAGAUUGAAAUUAUAUUGACUUGUAAUCUACUGAACCGUUAAAAGAACAAUUUUCUUGUGAAUUAUUCGACAAUUUUAAUUUAAUAUUUGUUUAUUAUUUAUACUAUAAUUUUUCGAUUCUAUUAGCAUUCGAUUAUUUUAUUUCGUUUGUUAUUUAUU